AUGAUUUCAUAAUAUUAAAAAUCAUAAGAAUUAAUUUCUAAAUUCGACAAAUUCGGUUCUUAAAUAAGCCUAUAAUUUUAAAAAAACUAAAUACACUAAACUGUCUUUGGAGGCGUAUUCUCUAUAUUAAUCUAUUCAUCAGCUAUUUUUUUCACGUAUUUUUUUGGUAAAGAACUUUGGGAAAAAACUUCUCCUAUAACAAAUACGUCAGAAGAACCUGUUUUCCAACCUGAAAAAUUCGAAAUAAACGCGUAAACUUUCAGCUUUGCUUUUGGAAUAUAAAAUUUGAACUGGGAACAUUAUAUAGAUCCUUCCAUUUAUUAAGUAAAAGCAUUUUAAAAGACAUCAUAUAAAAUAUUUAAUAAAACAACAAAUUAAUACGAAUAAGUAUAUAAAAAUACUGAAAUAAAACUUGUAAGAUGUAAACAAGAGCAUUUUAUUAUACAGGGUGUUGAUGAUUAUUUUAAAAAUCUUCCGUUUUUAAAUGAUUUAUUUUGUUUUGAUCCUGAUUAAUAAAUGCACAUAGAAGGAGAUUUUUCUUCUGACUAAUUUGGUGUAAUUGAAAUAUAUUUAGGAGCUUGUGAUUAAGAAAAAUCUAAUAUAGUAUGCAAAGAUAAGGAAUAUAUUAAUAAACAGCUUUAAAAAUCAUUUUUUGCAUCUUAUUUUACUGAUAAAUUAAUUGACCCUAAAAACUACUAAUAACCAUUCAAAUAUAUCGCCAAAGACUUAUUCUGGCCAAUAUCAAAUGAUAUGUCUAAAUCUAUUGUUUUAUAUAUGAGAAAUAUUUAUAUAGAAAGUGACAAUGGUUUGAUUACCGAUAAUAUUUAGUAUUUAAAGGAUACUGUAUAUUCUUAUUAAACGGAAUAAGUAUAAUCUACUAAAGAAAGCGAGAAUUUUUUUUUUUUACUAAUUAGGUUUGAGAAAGGAAAAUAGUCUAGAUAUUAUAGGAGAUAUAAAAAACCUUAAGAUAUAUUAGCUAAUAUUGCGGGGAUUGUAGAUGCUUUGAUUUUGUUGGAAUUACAAUCAUUAUGCCAUUAAAUGAACUUGAUUUGAGUAAAAGACUUGUAAAUGAAGUUUAUAAUUUCUAAAAUGUAGAAGGAGAAAGUAAUAAUAAAUAAAAUUAGAAUUAAAUUGAUAAACUUGUCGAUAUAAUUAAAGAUAAAGAAUUCGUAGAUAUAUAGGAUUAAUAGAAAAAUAAAAAUAUUAUAGAUAAAUGUAAGUCAACACAUAAUUUAGCGCUUUCUAAUUAUAUUAAAAAUUAUAAAAAUUAAAAAAAAAUUAACGCGGAACAAUAAAAAGCAGCUGAAAAAAUUAUCUAAUACACAUAAAACGAUAUAUAAUUAAAUGUAUAUGAUUAUAUUAUGUAUUAUUUAUGCCCUUGUAAAAAAAAAUUGAAACAAAAAAAAUAAAAAAUAGAAUAUUCUUUAAAUCUUCUAAAUGAUCAUUUAGAUAUAUUAUAUAUUAUAAAUAAGCUCUUAGAGGUUGAUAAAUUAAAAAUGUUAAUAUUAGAUCCUGAUUAGAUAAAAUUAUUUAGCUAUUUACCAAGGCCAUUGAUAAAAAAUGAGAACAUAUUUAUAUAAAAAGAUGAAAACUAAAAAACGCAAAGAGAAAUAAAUGAGUUUAUUUUUAUGGACAAAAGAACUCACAUAUAAAAAGCAGUUGAUGGAUAUUAAUCUUUUUUAAAAUUAAAAACUAAAUAAGAUAAAAAUACUAUAGAUUAAAAAUUAUUGGAUAUGCUAGAUCCGAAAAUACUUUAAUAUUUUGAUGAUACUGCAAGUAAUUAUAUAGAAAAUAAUACUAAUAAUAAAUAAAUAAAUUGUUUAAAAAUAAACAAUCAUACCGAAUACUCUUCUAAUAAUAUAGUCGUUAAUAAUAAUUUAAGUAAAUAGGCUCGGAUAAAGGAUAGUUAAAUAU